AUGAAUAGGAUUGUAACUCGGUGUGUACAGAGCGGGUGUGUAAAAUGCCAACCAGUGUUAGAAGGUAGAAGCCAACUUCCUCAGGAUGUUCUUGUACAUGUAUUUGGUUUCUUAGAUUUAAAGUCUGUUCUUACUGCUUCUUUAGUCUGCAGGUCGUGGAGUGUGGCAGCUAGUGACAACUAUCUGUGGCAGUUGAUACAUAUUAGCUUUUUCGGGAAGUCAAGUGACAACCCCAACAUUAUCAGGCUUACCUAUGGUGUGGACACCCCAGUAAAUACUGUUGCAGCUAAUCUUGACUGGAAAGAUGCUUUCAAGCAAGCUUAUAGAGGAAUUUCAAUAAAGGCUACAUCCCAAAGGGGCUUUUGCAAGCGGUGCAAAUCAUUUGUUUGGCUGAGUAAUUCUAAGUGUUCCAAUGGAUGCUAUGGAAAAAUUUCUGAUGAACAUCAGAUCAUGCCUGUGUCACUUAAACAGAUUGUUGACUAUGUAACAAUGGAGUACUCCAUACCUUGCUUGGAUUGUGAAAGAGAUUCAGAUGAUUCAGUUGAUGGCUUAGAUUAUUCAGUUUAUUUAGAUGAUUCGGAUGAUUCAGUUGUUGGCUCACCUUACUAG